AUGUCGCUUCCCUCCCCUCCUCCCCUUGUGUUAAUCACCGGCGCGACGGGGUUCAUCGGCUCCCAAGUCGCCCUCGUAUCCCUGCAGGCGGGAUACCGAGUGCGACUAAGCAUCCGCAGACCCGAGCAGGAAGCCGUUCUACGGGCCCGUUACCCGGAUUUCAACAACCAAAUCGAGACUAUAAUCAUUCCUGAUAUCACGGUCCGAGAUGCAUUCAAACCUGCUCUUGACGGCGUGGAUCACCUUAUUCACCUGGCCUCACCAAUGCCAGGUGCCGGUUCCGACCUGCAAACAGGGUAUAUCGAUCCGGCUGUCAAAGGCACCGAAUCCGUCCUCUUUUCCGCGCUAGAGUUCCCUCGGAUCAAAAAAGUGAUUAUUGUAUCAUCAGUACUAGCUUUAACACCUCCUAUGUCUCUUUGCGAGAAGGACGUGCUUGUCAGAGACAACACGAAUGAGGUCAUCCCCAUAGACCUAACCCCAGACUUGCUCGAAGGCCCCUUCGGGCAUGGUUUCAAAUAUAGCAUCUCAAAGAUAUCCGCCCAUCAAGCCACACGGGACUUCCUGGCCAGUCAGAACCCGCACUUUACCCUUGUCACCUUCCACCCCAGUUUCGUCCUCGGCGAGAGUCUAAUUCAAGAAGCACCCGAGAAGAUGGAUGGAAUAAACGCGAUGUUUUGGGAUAGCCUACACUCUGGAAAGCCAACGAUACCGAACGCGUGGGUGGAUGUGCGGGACGUGGCGGAGGCACACUUGCGGGCGCUGCAGACGGAUAUUGUCUCUGGGACGGAAUUCAUAUUGUCGGCACCGGCUGGAUCAUGGGAACGGGUAGGGGACCUGGUGAGACGGAAGUUCCCUUCUGUCAGAUGUCAAUUGAAGGGUCCGAUCGAAGGAGGGUGGACGGUUGAUACAACAGCUGCGGAGAGGAUAUUAGGUAUGCAGUGGAGGGGACAGGAUGAGAUGGUCGAGGCAGUACUGGAGCAGCAGCUCAAGUUGAGGGAAGCUGCUGCCUCUCUGUAA